UGUUGAGCUGUAAUUACGGGGAAACAAUCAAAUCUCUAUGUGGAGUUGGUGGCAAACUUGUCUGACCACUUCUUUGUAUUUUAGCAGGACUGGUUUGACAGCUUCGGCUCCGAUGAGCCACCUUUCUGCUGCUGGGUUAAAGAAAUGCAAACUGGUACAGCAAGUUUGACAGAAAUGCAAAAAAAAUGGCUUAUUGUCUGUGCAAAUUUACCCACACUGCUCUUUCCUAUCUCUGCUGCGUUCACUCGCUUUUUGUUUCUGCAUCAUGACUUGAUAGAGCGAGAAAAGUUGCAGGAACUGAGGAAGGGGAUAAGAAAGAAAGAGAGGGAAACCAAGGAGAAGACACAUAGAUCUGAUACUGAACAGAAGAGGGAAAAUACUGACCUACAAGGUUUGUCUCACCAAUUUGGAAGCACCCAUGUGAAAAUAGACAGAACAUGGCUGCAGAAAAUUUUGGAGACUUCUUGAACAAAGUCAAGGAAAUCCAUGAGAAAGAAGUUCAUGCUCUGCAAACCAAGCUGAAUGAUAUCACCAGUGAGAGAUCUCAAGAUGCCCAGAGAAUCGAAGAGCUGUUUGCUAAAAACCACCAACUCCGAGAACAGCAGAAAGCCCUUAAAGAAAAUGUGAAAGUGUUGGAAAACAGGUUGCGAGCUGGCCUCUGUGACAGGUGUCAAGUCACCCAGGAACUUGCUAAAAAGAAGCAACAUGAGUUUGGAAAGGCCCAUUUCCAGAGUCUUCAGCACAUUUUCAUCCUCACUAAUGAAGUGAAUAAGUUGAGAGAGGAGAACAAGAGCAUGAGAGAAGAGCUGAAGAGUUUCCGUGGAACAGAGGACAGACCAAAGCAUCUCAAAGGGGUGGCCAGAGAAGGGAGCUCCACCCCGGACUCACUACGGCCCUUGCUCUCUGCACGGAACAGAAAAUCCAGCAUGGAGAAAAUGGCAAGCCAAGAAGCGGAGGACAAAUAUGAUCAGUCUCAUCGACAAAGAAGUUCUCCAAAUAUGAGGAUCUCCCCUAAUAUGAUUCUCCAUGGAGAGCAUGCUCUUGAGAUGAGUUCACAGAAGAUUGCAAACCAGUUGCAUGGAACAAUUGCAUUCAUGAGGCCUGGCUCAAGAUCCAACACGGAGGAAAGAGAUGGGUCAGGAAAUACCACCCCACCCUUUGUGAAUGAAACCCCACCAUCCCCUCAACCAGAUCAAAACCCCAGCUUUGAAGCCUAUUUAAGGGCUAGCAAAUCAGACUGCCAUGAAAUCGCUUCAUCUUACGAGAGUCUGAAGUUUGCCACCAGAAAAGAGCAACUCUGCCUCCUCAACCAACAUUUCGCCCUGCGUCACCUUGGACUUCGGAAUAACUCCAUUGGCAAGGAGGGUGGUUUCCCACACCACUUACUAAUGGCCAGAGAAGUAGGGGGCAGAACAAGAUCUCAAGAUGAGUGGGAAGACCAGGCCACCAUCUUGGAUCUCCCUGGUGCCGUGGUAUACAUGAAGGACCGUCAUUUGGAGAACAGACUCCAGUUCCUUACUCAGCAAGAGAAAUUGCACUAUUUAUUGGCACAACAGCAGAAAGAAUGUAGGGCUAAAAUGGAGGACAGUUUGGAAAACACGCAAUGUCAACUGCCUUCCCCAUUGCCAAGGGUUGGCAAGGUAUUCAAGAGAGAGAGUCCCUGUUUGGAAGAUACAACAAAUGGGACACUCGGGAGCUUGCUCUUGAUCAAUAGGGAAGAACUGGAGCAAGAAGAAAAAGCAGAGGCCAUGAGGGAAUAUCUCCCUGAAGCACCACUGGACCUGUCAGAUUCUGGGAGAGGAAGGGAAAACCUGAAGCAGACCAGUUUGCAGCAGGUGUUCACAAAGCAUGAAGCUGGAAGUCCAAGCAGAGAUCAGAAUGAAGAGUCUUUUCUCCAGAAGUCUUUUUUGUCCGGCUGGCUCCAGGAGGCUAAGAAUCUCCAAAGAAGCAAAGACUCAGAGCAGCACUCCAACAAAACCCAAGACGUUCUGGCAUCUCUAAACACUUUACAGCAAGAACGUCCUGUUUCCAAGCCAAACUCUUGUGAUGGCCAGGCCGAUUCUGAGACAGAGAUGCCUUUUCGAACAAAGAAUGAAGAAACAGACCAACCAGCGGAUGGAGAUUCUGAGUCAGUGAAGGAAGAAUCAGAGUCUGAUAUGUCGGAUAGUGAGAUGGUUAGUACUUGUGAAGAUGAAAACCUCCAGGGAGUUUCCAUAAAAGAAAAAUCCUGCUGCUUAACUGAGGACAUCCAGACUUCACAAAGAAAGCGGAAAAGGGAACACAAAUCCUGGACAAAAGCCCGCAAAAAGUCACUAGGAAAGAAACGAAAUGGCAAAGCAACUCAAGUCCCUGCUGAUGAACACAAAGCCACAAAGGAAAUGCCAAACCACAGCCCUGCUUUUGAACACAAUGAUAACAAAGAAACAUAGCUUGUGCCUGCCUUCUCAGUCCUCCUACACCAGAAGCUGUUGUCUGAUGUUUCUGGCUUAAUCAUAAAUAGCUCCAGAUUUUCUUCGCUCUUAUUAACACAGAUAAACAACCUUCUGCAUCUUGUAAGCCUGUUCAUCAAAUUGUCAUGCAGCAUGGUUUCAAAUCCUGGCUCAUGAGUGGAUUCAUGAGGACUGGUAACUCACAGAUGUUCUGAAGCCCUCUAGGACAUUUUUUACUUCUUUCAAAAUAUGGGCAAUGAGACUGAAAUGGUUCACUAGCUUCAUUCACUCUACCACAUCCUCAUUCUUCUUGCUUAGUGACAGGUCCUGCCAAUUCAGUAGCUGUUUAAUAGCAAUUUGAUGGAGGAUUUUAUUAUGGACAUACAAAUUGAUACAAAGGGCUUGUGGCACAAAGCUUCAUCAUGAUCUACGUAGAAAAUAAUGCUUUCAAUGGCUUCCAGCCAUUAGGGAUAGUAGUGAUGUUGAGUUCAAAGCACUGGUCACUGAGUUGGAACGUUUUGUGCUCAGAUUCCCCCAUGGACUUCCCAAAGAUUUCUAGUUGACUACUGUAGCAACAAAAUGCCAAGCUAGAUAUACGUUUGCUCUGACCCAGCAAGGUGCUUUCUAUGCUCAUUUUAUCAUUUCAUAAAAUGACCAAGCAGACCAAUUGCAAAAAGAAGGUUUCGGGUUCAAUCCUUGUCACUGGUCAACAAUAUCCACCAAGGUGGACGAAGAGACCUGGACUUGGGGAUAAACUGUUAUCCAGAAUUCCAUAUUUGUAUCCAUAUGGCAUAUGGUGGCUGAGGGAGGGUGUUAAUUCUAUAUAGUGAAGACAGAGGGGGAUGAAAUGCAUACAGAAAAGACUGCCAAUAUAACUAUCAUAAUUAACAUUCAAAUUCUGACAACUGCAUGUAUCCAAUGAAGUGAACUAGAGACUAAUGAUGCAGUCCUAACUCAAAGAUGUGACUGGGGUGAGAGGAUUAUAUACAAAUAUCAGAGAUCUGCCAACAGAACAAUCUGCAGGAAAAAAACUGCUCUGUUGGCAAAGAACUUUAUGCAGAAGAGAUAAAAAGAGGCAAAGAAGGGAUGGGCAAGAAAAGAGCUGAAAUCCCAACUAUCUUAAGUCCAGAGAUAAAACUGUAAGAACAUCAAAAAAAAUUAAACCAGACAGCAGGUAGUCCUAUGUCAUUUCUAAAAUCCUGCGGUUGGGAAGUGUUUGGAUUUAGCGCAAAAACACCUGGAUUAUAGUACAUUUAGGUAGCCUUUGGCCAUUUUGCCAGUUAGCAUUAAGAUCUAAUAUGGUAAUGCCCGUUGACAACAAUUCUUUUGUUGUGGAAGUAAUUGUGGGAAGGCUGUUUGAACACUAUAUACCAUGUAAGAAUUAGUAACUGGGUAGAAAUCAGUUUAACCCAAAUCCACCUGAGGUGACUUACCCAAGGUCACACAUGAGGUCAAUAAAGAAAAAGACACUGGGAGUUUAAAAGAAUACUCUGGGAUUUGAUAUGCUAAAUGCUGUGAUGCAAAGAAUGUACAAGUACAGCCACAUACUUAAUUUAAUAUGUAAUAAAACACGUUGUCUGUGUAUCUGUCAGAGCAAUAGAUCCAGAAGCAUCAUAAUCAGAGCUCUGAAACUUAACAUGCGGAGUAAGGGCAUCCUAGGGUGACAACUAGUGGUAAAUGGUUUUUCAAAAAAAUGUAUUUGGAUCCUGCUGUUUCACAGUAAGCCACCAGGUAGCAGAAUUUUCUAAUCAACAUAUAGGUUUACAGUUGAUACAUAUUUCUUUUGCAUUAUAUUUAAACUUCUCUGCUUGGGAGCUCUAAUGUUUCAUCAAACUAAUUCCAGGAUUUCCUUGGAUGCAGCCACUGCAGUAAAAAAGGCAUCAAAGUGCUAUUUUGUGUACGGUGAAAGACAAUAUGGUUUGAAGCUAUGGGGAACAAUCCAAUAUACAGUGUUAUAGAGCUACUUUAGGUAACCCCCUCCCCUCAAAAAGGAAUUUAAGAGCAUGGAGUGGGCAAAUCCCUCUCUCACACAGGUGUAGAAGGGUAGCAUAGCAGGAAGUGGGUCUAGGAAUGUUACCAGCCAUUGUUUUAUUUACUCAGGGUAUGCAUGACGUUUCCAGCUCUGUCAGCUGUGUAACUUUGCUUGAUGUCUUUAAUGUUUCAAACUGAGGGCUAUUUCAAUCCAUGUUGUGCAGAAUAAUUUCACCAGUUGUAUAUAAAUGUUACAUUGAUUGAA